AUGGAUCUGAGCUAUCCGACUUACGACUGGACCUACCCCUCGUCAGCUUCUUCAGAUCAAAGUCAAAUCGACAUCUGGGACUUUCUCUUCCACUCAGCUGAAAAUUCGCCGGUCGUUCAUUCAAGUCACCACCGCAAGGAGAGCGAGUCUUCUCAACAGUUGCAAGCUGCUCUAUACGGUAAUGCGUUCUCGCAAUCUCCGGCCGUUGAUUUGUCGGUCGACUAUGCGAGCAGCGAACAUUCAGAUGACUUCUGGACGAAGGAGGCCGUGGCUGCCGACUUUGCAGAUCUGCCCUCAGACUCGACUGUGGCCCAGUCGUCCAAGAUGAUGGAUCGCAAACACAGGCGCCGUGAGCAGAACCGCAAAGCCCAAAGCAACUUCCGACAAAAGAGGAAGGAGGAAGUCCGCCGCUUGGAGCAAGAAGUCGAGGAACUCAGAGCCCAAGUCGCCGGGUACCACAAGCGCGGGCCCACGGUCGGCCUCACUGUCUGCACCAGAUGCCGCAACUUCUACCCGGCAUCAGGCGAAGUUGCACUGCCUCGUUCCCCGGAAUCUGGCGCCUUCAGCCCGGUUCAAUCCAACUGCAAGAGUUGA